GCCUGGGAGGCGAUCUAGACGCAGUUGCGUCCGGUCCGCGCGGGAGGUGCGGCCGGCUGCGGACGGCCCCGGCUGCAGGCUCCUCCUCCUGCCGGUCCAGCCUUUACCCCUCCACCCUCUACCCCUCCUCGGCGGGGCUCGGCUCGGCUCUGCAAAUCACAGGCUUCCAGGAGCAGCCUAGGAGCGGCGGCGGGCGCAGCGAAGGCGGCGGGAGGAGCGCAGCAGGCGGGCCGCGCCGAGCCCUCGGGCAGCGGCGGCGUCGUCGCUCGAGCAAAGCCGGAGGCGCCGCGGAGCCCAGCGCGCCCUAGCUCGCCCAGGAGCGCAGUGAAGCCCGGGCUGCAGCUGAGCGAGGGGGAGGAAAGUGCGCGGUGUGUGCGUGUGUGCGAGAGUGUGGGGGGCGACGGUCUCGAAUCGGCAGAGGAGAGGGCAGGGGAACCGGGGCGCGGCCCCCGGGCGCCCCCGCCGCUCCCCCGAGGUUUUCCCGCGGCGGCGCCCGCUCCCCAGCGCCCCUCACCAUGGACUUGCGCCGAGUUGGGACGCACCUCGGCAGCAGCGCGCGGGUGACUGCCCGGCUCUGGGGGUGCGCGGGCGCGCGCGCGGGGAUGGCGAGGUAGGAUGGCCGCCCAGCGCGACCCCUGCCGCCCCAACCCAGCGGCCGCCGGGCGGUGCAGCUGACUCGCCCGAGCGCACAGGGGUGUGGGCGGAGGCGGCCCCGCCGCGCCCGCGCCUUCGGGAGUCGCUUUGCCUCUUCCACCCACUCGCACCUGCCACCGCGCGGAUACCAUGUCGAAGGCUCCCGGAGGCACGGCGGCGGCGGCGGAAAGUUGUCCCUCAGCCUCUGCCGGCGCGUCCCCCGCCGCCGCCGUGGAGGACCUGUCCAAAGUGUCGGACGAGGAGCUGCUGCAGUGGAGCAAGGAGGAGCUGAUCCGCAGCCUGCGGCGCGCCGAGGCCGAGAAGGUGAGCGCGAUGCUGGACCACAGCAAUCUCAUCCGCGAGGUGAACCGCCGCCUGCAGCUGCACCUCGGCGAGAUCCGCGGGCUCAAGGAUAUCAACCAGAAACUCCAGGAGGACAACCAGGAGCUGAGGGACCUCUGCUGCUUCCUGGACGAUGACCGGCAGAAAGGCAAGAGGGUGUCCCGGGAGUGGCAGAGACUGGGCCGCUACACGGCUGGUGUGAUGCACAAGGAGGUGGCCUUAUACCUGCAGAAGCUGAAGGAGCUGGAGGUGAAGCAGGAGGAGGUGGUGAAGGAGAACAUGGAGCUCAAGGAGCUCUGCGUGCUGCUGGACGAGGAGAAGGGCGCAGGCUGCGCGGGCAGCCGCUGCUCCAUCGACAGCCAGGCCAGCCUGUGCCAGCUCACUGCCUCCACGGCGCCCUAUGUGCGGGACGUGGGCGACGGCAGCAGCACCUCCAGCACGGGCAGCACCGACAGCCCCGACCACCACAAGCACCACGCGAGCGGUGGCAGCCCGGAGCACCUGCAGAAGCCCCGGGCCGAGGGCAGCCCGGAGCACGCCAAGCACCGGAGCACCAGCCCCGAGCAUCUCCAGAAACCCAGAGCCUCCGGGACCCCAGAUCACCCAAAAGCACUCAAAGGACCCAGCCCCGAGCACCACAAACCCUUGUGCAAGGGCAGCCCUGAGCAGCAGAGGCACCCGCACCCUGGGAGCAGCCCCGAAACGCUGCCCAAACAUGUGCUGAGCGGGAGCCCCGAGCACUUUCAGAAGCACAGGCCCGGGGGCAGCCCUGAACACGCCAGGCACAGUGGAGGGAGCCCCGAGCAUCUGCAGAAACACGCCCUUGGUGGGAGCCUGGAGCAUCUACCCAGAGCCAGGGGCACCAGCCCUGAGCACCUCAAACAACAAUUUGGGGGGAGCCCCGAUCACAAACAUGUGGGCGGAGGAGGCGGAGGCAGCGGCGGAGGCAGCAGGGAGGGUACCCUCCGAAGACAGGCGCAGGAGGACGCGUCACCCCAUCACCGGAGUGUCUACAGUGGCAUGAACGAAUCAACCUUGUCCUAUGUUAGGCAGCUGGAGGCAAGAGUAAGACAGCUGGAGGAAGAAAAUCGCAUGCUGCCCCAGGCCACCCAGAAUAGAAGGCAACCUCCAACUAGAAACAGCUCAAAUAUGGAGAAAGGCUGGGGGCCCAGAGCCCGGCGGGUCUUGCAGUGGUGGCAAGGGUGCCGAGGAAUAGGACGAUGCCUGCCCACUCUCCCGGGUUCUUUUAGGUUGUCAUCAGGGGCUGAUGGGAGUAACAGUCCACCCACCUCUCCAGCUAGCUUCAGUGGACAUACCACACCUUCUCAGCAGCCUGAACCCGUGGUACAUUCUCUUAAGGUCUUGGAUGUUCAGGAAACUCUAGAGCGUCAACAGGGUAAAGAGUAUGAAAAUGACCUUAGUGAGACAGAAAAAGCUAUAGUCAGAGAAAUGUGCAAUGUUGUGUGGAGGAAACUUGGAGAUGCUGCAGGUUCCUGUCCUGGAAUUAGGCAACAUUUGUCUGGAAACCAGUACAAAGGACCAAUGUGAAAGGCACUCUUUCAAAUAAGAGAUCACCACUGCCAGAGAGAGAUAAAAGAAGGAAAAAGUGGGUUUCCACAAACCUGGACUCAUUGAAUAACCUAGAGUGAUUGUACAUUGCACAUAUUUUCCCUCUAAAACCUUUAGUAUUACUGACACUCUAUUUCAUGUCUCUCAUUUCCAUGUCCACAACAGUUCAUCUCAAGUCAAUUUCAAACAGCUUUGAAAAUCACCAUUUGGGUACCAAUAUUUUCAUUAGAACUAAAAUGUUUUUGACUCCUCAGAUCUAAGAUUGUAACUGAGAAAUCUGCAUGAUUGAAGAAUCCAGUAGGGCCACAGGGGGUUUGAUAGAGUUGACUCAUUGCACAGAAUGGCGGGACUUUUCUACCAUGCUGUGUUGAGGAACAUGUGUCCUCCAGCUUUCCAAGUUUGAGAGUUGGGCACCCAUUUCUUAUAUUUUAGUCAACAAAUUACGAAUUCCUGAUGCCUAAUGAAUUUGGAUGUAAAAUAAGAUUAGGUUUCUGGGAUUUUGUUUUGACUUUUGAGGUGCUAAAAAUAUCACAUAAAUUCUCUUUACCAGCUAGAAGGGUAACAAGACUUUGUAGAGUGCUUAUCAGAGCAUACCAUUUAUUUCAAACAAUCAAGAUAAAUAUUGCUUUUCUUUUAAUCUUGCUACAUUCAUGAAGACACAUCUUGGGGACAUACCAACUUCCAUAUUCAUUCAAUGUAUCCAUUGAUGUUAAUAUUAAUUCCAAUUAAAGAACAAGCAAACAUAAUUUUUCUAAGUGUUUCCAGCUGUGAGAUGUCAAUUUCUACAAUUUAGUUUCUAGAUCCGCUGUUAUAUUUAAUAAACUUUAUGUAAACUUUAAAAUAUUGCACUGCAUUUAUGAAAAAAGCUUUCUUUGCCUACAGCAGCUAACGUUUUAUGAAACUGACGCAUGUCCUUCACUAUUGAGGCUAAAAGCUCUUGUUCAGAUUGCUUGAGGUUUGAAACAGAGGUGUGCUAGCUUUGCUUAGUUUUUUUUGGUAUAUAUAUAUAUAUACACAUAAUAUUAGACUGUGUGUAUUAGAAAUGCUAUGAUAGGUAUUUUGUGUUUUUUUCCAAAUGCAAUGAUAGUUUCUUGUAUGAAUGUGCAAGAGGCCUAUGACAGAAUGCUGUUUUUAUUGUAGUUUAAGAUUAUAAAAGUAGGAAUGCAACAAUUCCCAGUUUUUAGAUUUCUUCUAAAUUACUCAGAUUGGAUUCAUAACACAUAUUCAUUGUUGCUGUUGUUUUUAAAUAGACUCACUACAGUGUAUUAAUUGUCAUUGGUGAAGGAAUGUGAAGGAAUUUCGUUAUACUUUUUUAAAUGUUACUGUGAUGAAAAAACAGCUUCUGUUUUCAGAAAAUAUUUAUGAAUUUAUUUACUAUAGAAUUAUCUCCCUAAUUAUUGUAAUUGGGUUACCAGUUAAGUUUAUCUUUCUUUUGAAAUGUUAUUAGUCUGUAAAAGGAAAUUGCUUGCUCUAUUUACACCUUCUCUUGUAGAAAAGCUUUCAUCCUUAAAUUGUUGUAUUCCUACACUCUGAAGACAUUUAAAACAAGUUUUUGUGCCUGCAGUAGACACUGCAGAAGCUAAUACAAGGAACACUGGUCUUUUGACACAAUACUUGUGUAAAUUUUGAUACUGUAUUAAAACUAUUUUUUUAAAGUUCUGCAUAAAAUUGAGUAUCAAGUAUAUGUGUUCAUCUUAGCAAUGGUAAUAAAUUAUUUAAUCUCAGUGUUUUUUUCCUUCAAAAU